AUGCCUCCAAGAAUGAAACCUCCGAAACCUGCAAAAGAAGCAGUACCCCCGAAAAGACCGAGGGAAUCGACCCCUAGACCGGUCGGUAGAGCUAGAAAAGUAAAUAAAACAAAACUUAAAGUAAAAAAAGUUAGGACGAAAUUAAAAUUGAAAGGAUGGCUAGCGACACCGGCCGAUUGGACACGUUUCGAUGCCUGGGCGAAAAUCAAAGCGAAGCCGAAGAAGUUGCCGGAACUGGAGCCAAUAGUUAGAAUUUCGAAACCGUUGUCCCAGUUAAAGAAACGUAUCAAAACGUUGGCCAAACCCCGGGAAACGAUCGACAUGAGCGUUCACUGUAAAUUAGAUCUUGCGAUUUCGAAGGCAGCGUUGCAAGCCGUCCCGUCUAAGAGGACGAUGCUUCUCGCUCUCCCCAACAUAAAAUUAUUGGAUUUUGGCCGGAUUUAUUAUCAAGUAUCGCCGGCGGCGUUGAAAUACCGGCCGACCGAGAGAAUUCUGAAGCUUAGCAAGCCCCGCAUGCUCUUCCUUCCCGACGAGUGCAGGCCGUCGAAAUUGUUGUUGGACGAGAAACGGACCCCGGACGAGGAGAGAUUGAGGAAGUUGGCUUUGGCGAAAAAAUUGAUCGAUUGCCCCCAACAGUUGACCAAAGACGAGAUAGAAGAGCUUUUCACACCUCAUGGUAUAAUGAGAAGCGCGCUAACUUAUAAAAUCACACCUUGGAUGAGCUUUCUAGCGUUGCCCUCGUACAAGGUGAUAAAGGGGAGGAAGGAUCCGUUGGCGAAAACGUGGAAGAGAUUGUUGAUCAAGAAGAGGGAGGAGAGGGGUAGGGAGGCUUUGGCCGAGUUCAAGAAGAAGAGGCAGGAGGAGAGGAGGAAGGAGAGGAAGAGGAAGCCGGAGGAGGUUGAGAAGGAAGCGAAGAAACCGCCGCCGGACGUGAAAAAGAGGAGGAGGGAGGAGAAGGAGGAGCCGAAGAAGGAGAAAGAAACCGAGGAAGAGAAGGCGAAGAGAAGAAAAAUCGAGAAAAAUGCUUGGAGAUAUACGCCUCAUCCCUGCAAAGAUGACCCAUUUCGUAUCAAGAAAGCGGCUUUGAAAGGCAAAUCAUCUCCACGUACGGAUACUUUGUCGAAGCCAAAAAUUCGUAAAUGUAUGGCCCUCAAAGCUAAACCUUUCGACGUGAAAAAAGCUGCACUAUCCGCCACUCCUUCCGGAAGAGUGGAAUCAUUGGCUAGACCAAAGAAACCUUUGAGUCCUGUCGGAAAAAGACUACCGCGAGAGAAGGACAAAUACGGGAGACCAAUAUUUGAAAUGCCUGUUUACGGGAAAGUGUUACCGAAAACGAAGCCGUACAAGAUGGGCGAAUGCCCAGACGAUAAAGAAGAGAAGAAACCGGUUGUCAAGAAACGUCCGAUCGAUCCGAUUGCUUACGCGCCUAGCGUCGAUCCUUGCAUCGAGCCGGAAUUGGCGAAGAAGCAAAAGAUUGAAAGAAAAAGGGCCGAGAAAAUAUCGAAGAAGAAGAAGGUGAGAAAGGCGAAACCGAAGAAAAAGGUGAAAAAGCCUGAAAAAGUCGAGGAGGAUAAAAAGGAUAAAAAGGAUAAAGAGGACGAGUUGAAAGAGGAGCCGAUAAAGGAAGAGGAGGAGACGGAGGAAGAGGCGAUGGAAGAGGAGACGGAGGAAGAGACGGAGGAAUAUGAACAGAUAGUUACUCCAAUAAUAUGA